UGUCUUCGUCUUAAAAACGCUUUUAUUUUUAUUUUCAGUAAUCGUUGAAUCGACCGUUCGACGAUUGGCGAUCGUCAAAUGGCAAAGUUAAUCCGAAGGCAAUUUAGUGAUAAAUUACAAAAAUGACAUCCUAUAGAAAGAGAAUUUUGGAACAAGAAGCAGCUAAGGCUGAUUCUUCAGAUGAGGAUGAUUAUAUCCCUUAUAUUCCCAUUAAACAAAGAAAAAAAGAAAAGAUAACUGAAGCAGAAAAAAGAUUAGGCAGAGUAGCAAUACUGAAAGAAGAGAGCCAAAGAGACAGCACAAAUGAGGAGUCAGAGGGCCAACAGGAAGAGGAAGGAGAGAUGAAUGAUGGGGAACAAGAUAUAGGGAUUCAAUCAAAAGUCAGCUUGCUGGAUCAGCACAGCGAACUCAAGAAAAAGGCGGAAGCCAAAAAAGAGACGGCCAGAGAAAAAAUGUUAAAAGAAGAGGAAAGAAUUUUGGAGAGUGUUGCAGAAAAGAAAGCAUUGAUGGGUGUUGCUGAGUUAGCCAAGGGCAUUCAGUAUGAUAAACCAAUUAAAACAGGAUGGCGCCCUCCUCGCUGCAUCCUGAAGCUGUCUGAGUCAUACCACGAGAAGGUCAGGAAGAAGCGCCACAUCCUGGUGGAGGGGGAGGAGUUACCCCCGCCAAUCAAAACUUUCAAAGAGAUGAAGUUCCCCAAAGCCAUCCUCUCGGGUUUGAAGAAGAAGGGGAUUGUCACCCCCACCCCUAUACAGAUACAGGGGCUGCCCACUGUGCUACAAGGCCGAGACAUGAUUGGAAUAGCUUUCACUGGUUCUGGUAAAACGCUGGUCUUCACUUUGCCAAUCAUCAUGUUUGCCUUGGAGCAGGAGAAAAAAUUACCAUUUGUCAAAAACGAAGGACCCUAUGGGCUGUGCAUCUGUCCCUCGCGUGAGCUGGCCAGACAGACCAAUGAUAUCAUAGAGUAUUACUGUAAGUGCCUGGCGGAUGACGGCUUCCCCUUACUGAGGAAUGUCCUGUGUAUCGGGGGCGUGUCCGUCAAAGACCAGAUGGAGGCCAUUAAACAAGGGGUACACAUAAUGGUGGCCACACCUGGUCGUCUUAUGGACAUGCUGGACAAGAAAAUGUUUACCUUGGAUAUCUGUCGCUACUUAGCGAUGGACGAGGCUGACAGAAUGAUUGAUAUGGGCUUUGAGGAAGACAUCAGGACCAUUUUCUCAUAUUUCAAGGGACAAAGACAAACUCUUUUAUUCUCAGCCACCAUGCCCAAGAAGAUCCAGAACUUUGCUCGCAGUGCCCUAGUCAAGCCCGUGACAAUCAAUGUUGGUCGGGCAGGAGCUGCCAGCUUAGACAUCGUACAGGAAGUGGAGUACGUCAAACAGGAGGCAAAGAUGGUCUACAUUCUGGAGUGUCUUCAGAAGACUCCGCCCCCUGUACUUAUUUUUGCGGAGAAAAAACAGGAUGUGGAUGCUAUACACGAGUAUCUGUUGUUGAAAGGUGUAGAGGCUGUGGCCAUACAUGGAGGAAAAGAUCAAGAGGACAGAACCAGGUCUGUGAACCAGUUUAGGAAUCGUGAAAAGGAUGUUCUGGUAGCGACUGAUGUAGCGUCUAAAGGUCUCGACUUCCCUGAUAUCCAGCAUGUCAUCAAUUACGACAUGCCCGAGGACAUAGAGAACUAUGUCCAUAGAAUUGGUAGAACUGGUCGCUGUGGAAAUAGAGGAACAGCCACAACGUUCAUCAACAAGGGAGUCGAGGAGUCAAUAUUGCUGGAUUUAAAACAUUUGCUGAGAGAAGCGAAGCAGAAGAUUCCACCAUUUUUGGCCAACAUGCAGUCUGAGAAUGAGAAGUACCUGGACAUUGGAGGCGAGGUUGGCUGCUCCUACUGUGGAGGCUUGGGACAUCGUAUCGCAGACUGUCCCAAACUGGAGGCAAUCCAGACAAAACAGGCGCAGAAUAUCGGUCGCCGUGACUACCUGGCCCACAGCAGUGCGGACUACUGAGUGAAUCAGUAGGAGAUGUGGGAGCUGCAGGGAGGGUGACGUGUCUUCUCAGAGACUGAUGGACAGGAGAUGUGAAUAUAAAAUGACCAUAAGUUCUACAACCUUAGAGGUUUUGCAAUAAAGCGAACAUUGACUAUGAAAGUUGUACAUAUACAUAUAUCAUAAGAUACAUACAUAUAAAGAGUUCAAGGGAUUUUGUAAAUGUGAGGAACUGUGACUCUUGCAUACGAAAAUAAGGCAUUGUUUUAAUGUUUAAGAAGAGGUUGAUUAAUAUGGAAAAAUCUUAUCUCUUUGUUUAGUUGUGUUGAUACAUGUAUAUCAUAGGCAGCAGAGGAACGAGAGUGUAUUGAAUGUAACAGAUAUGUGUAUGUAUAAUUGUUUAUUUGUGGAUGAAAUGCAUGAUUGUGUUGUGUGUGUACCUGAAGCAAUAGGAGAAUAUCAUUAUAAUUUUCAGCUAAAUACUUUUAAGAAAUAAAACGCUGUGUUCAA